AUGGAUUCAUCGAUCAUUAUUGAAAUGAAUCGUUUACUCCGACAGUGUCAUGUGGAUCGGAUUAGGAUGACACCAUUUAUGUGGUGUUUGAAUAUUAAUAACCCUGUGGAGGUGAAUUUAAAAUUAUUGAAGGUUAUGGUUUGCAGGUGGGUUGGACAUGAUAACAGUUUUAGAGUUAGUCAAAAGUUGGUGCCCUUUAGAGUUGUUGAUGUGUUGAUGAGCUUAGGUUUAGAAAUAGGUGGUUUAGAGAUUCCCUUUGAUGAAGUAGUUGGUGGAUUGGUUGGUCAAAUGUUCAAAUCAAAAACCAUCAGUUUGAAGGACUUGACGGACAUGUUUAAUGUCAUUGUUGAUGAUAAAAACAUUGAUGUUGAUGUAGUGUGUCGGUUAUAUAUAUUAGUUUGUUUGGUUGUUUUCUAUUUCCCUAGGAAAUCAAGGCAUGUUUGUAACAUGCCUUUUGGAGUGUUAGAUGACUUAGACCGUUUGUGUCUAUAUGAUUGGUGCACCGGUGUACAUAAACAUAUUGUAGAGAAUUUAAAUAAAUGUAAGAAGAAAAUUAUGGGAGCAGGUAUCCCCCAGUCAGUCACUCUCAGUGGCAAUGUGGCAGUGUUGCAGGCUUGGGCGGUUGAGAGACUUUCUUUGCAUGGUCAUCCUUCGCACCGGUUUUUCCCGCGCAUAAUGAGGUGGUUCCCGUUUAAAUCAAGGACCGAAAAAAUUGAACAUAUUUUUAUGACCGGAGAUUUAAAAAUGGAGUGGUAUGUACGAAAUGAAGAUCGUCAUAGGCCGGAAAUCCGUGCAGCUUUCAACAUGGAUGACGGAGGAAUGAGUGAAGGAUCCUUGGGUGAAGGAUCCAAGGUUGACAAAGAUGAUUAUGAUGACGAAAGCUCUGAUGACGGGGCAUGGGAAGCAGGUGCGGAGGAGAGAUUGAGGAAAAACAAUGAAGAUAUAAGAGCAUUGAAUGCCAAGAUUGGAGUUCUGACUAGGGAGUUAUUUGAAAUUUAUCAAACUCCAAUCUUUCAUGAAGCAGAUGCAUGUGGCACUGAUGAAGAGGUUGGGGGUGGAGUUGAUGAAGGACAUGGAGUUGGAGGUGAGGAGAAGGCUGAAGUUGGGGGAGACGAAGAGGCUGAAGUUCGUCCCGAUUGUGGGUUCGAAGAAGAAGGUGAUGGAAAUGAAGUUGAUGACCCCCUAGGUGCACAUACUGAAGUAAGAGGGGAUGAUGAAACUUUUUGUUGGUGA